CCGAAGAGAGAUAACAUUGAUCAAACAAUUUUAAAAGAGAAAGCAAAGGGGGGAAUCAAAGAAGAUGUCAUCAUCUUCCACCUUGUCUUCGGACCACCUUCCUCCCUCCGAGCAGCUCUGUUAUGUCCAUUGCAACAUCUGCGACACUGUCCUUGCGGUUAGUGUUCCUUGCACAAGUUUGUUCAAGACUGUAACGGUUCGAUGUGGUCACUGCACCAAUCUUUUGCCAGUGAACUUGCGUGGUCUACUUUUACCAUCCACCAAUCAAUUUCAUUUGGCUCACAGUUUAUACACUCCUUCACAAAAUCUUCUGGAAGAGAUCUCAAAUACUUGUCCAAAUUUGAUGCUCAAUCAAGCUAAUACGAGUGACAUCGCCUUACACACUCGUGGAGUUGCUGCUGAUGAGCUUCCAAGGCCUCCAUUUAUAAACAGACCUCCGGAGAAACGACAGAGAGUCCCCUCUGCGUACAACCGAUUCAUCAAGGAGGAGAUCCAACGCAUCAAGGCAGGAAACCCUGAUAUAACUCACAGAGAGGCCUUCAGUGCAGCUGCGAAGAACUGGGCUCACUUCCCACAUAUUCACUUUGGCCUCAUGCCUGAUCAGCCUGCCAAGAAGGCUAACGUGAGCCAGCAGGAGGGCGAGGGUGUUCUCAUGAAAGAUGGGUUUUUCUGCUUCCACUGAGCUUAGCUAUGGAAGCUGAUGCUAUUAGGGUUUAGUAGUUCUACGUAGUAAUAUUUAAGCAUGCAUGUAGUUUUACUUUUAGGUAACAUCCUGUGUUCUUGAACUUGGAAAACCUAACUCUUUAAUCUCAUUCGAAUCUUUGCUAAUCAACUACUAUUAGUUUAAACUCUCUUAUCCCUUUGCUAGUUUUAAUUAGUUAACCAUUUCGUCA